UGCGUAAACAGACCACGUACUCGGUAUUUUGAAAGUAAAAAUAACAGCACUUUUAGAACUUUUUCGCAAUCGAUAUCGGAUUUGUACAAUCGUGCAUUCUCAGAUUGAUUUUGCAAUCCGUGAUCAUGGAAGAAGACGACAACACAGUGCGUAUUACGCAUUACAUCAACCCUCAUUGUUUUUGGUACAAACCGGAGGCGUCGUACUUGCCGAACCAUCACGAGAAGCAAUAUAUGCAAAAAUUCAAUGAGGAUUGUGAGCGGGAAUUCGCCAACCGGGGAUACCGUGGUUUCUCCUACAGCCCGAACAGUGAACUGAAAGUUGGCGACAUGGUUGCCCAGCGAAAUAAAGAGUUUCAACGAUGGAUAAGAUGCGAGGUGGACGCGGUACUGAUAGAUUUGAGCGGCGCCGUUUGGCUGCACCUGUGGGCUGUGGACGAAGGUUUACCUAUCAAGUCGUAUGACGAACCUAUUCAACCACUACCGGAGGCCUACAUCAAUCAUCCUGCGCAUGCUUUGCGCGGUGCAAUAAGGAAUAUAUUGCCUAGCGAAGUGGCAUAUGAUUACACGCAAGGCAAGAACGUACAGACACUUUCUCGGAAAUGGUUGCAGGGAGCGGUGUCAGUACUGCAAACUGUCUUCGAUGAUGCCUUAAGUGUGUCGCUAGUGGUGCAUGCUCGUGUUAAACUGAAGAAAGAGGUGGUCCAUUUCGUCGAUGUAUCUUUAACGAUGCACAACAACAAAUCUUACAACAUAGUGAACAUACUUACAACCGGCUGCUCGGAUCAGGUAACGAUCAGCCCGGAUACAGAGUUUCUCAAAGUCAUUACCACGAUAAAGACGCUCGAUAUGGUGCGCUUUCAAAACAACGAAGGCAUCGACAGUGCAACGCGACAUAAACCUGGGUCCCUACUAGGUCACGGUGUUCUAUCGACGUUGAAUCAAAUCUCAAAACCAACUACUGACCCGAAAGUGCAGAAUAAAGUAGAAGAUUGGUUUAGUCGAAACAUGGAAGCCCAACUGGCUAUCAAAGAGGAAACAGCGUUUGAACGUUCUAUGGACGACAUUGAAGCGUGCAAGUCUGGCGAGGAUAGCGCUGCGGAGGAAUUUGACUCCUUUGAUCAGCUAGCAACUCGAGCGGAGAUGGCCGAAGAAAAUCCUAUUAAGAUGACGAACGUCGGCGAUGAACGUGAUUCAACAUCAAACACCAUGUCAUCGGUGGAUGAAACAUCUUUUUUAAAGCGAAAAUUAAGACAGUUGCAGGCAAGACAGAAGCAGCUGGAGCUGGAGAAGCCAAAGUUACCGCCCAUAAUUGGUCCCGCGGGAUGUUCGGUGAAGUUCCUAUUGGACAGCGCAAAUGCACGCAACAAAAAAUACUAACUGGUAACACCAGCACGCUUCCUUUGGUUUGGAAUUAAAAUCUUUAAGGACCACAUGAAUUGCCUUACAAAUUAAUAACCUGUUAUAUUGAUUACAGCAUGAAUUAUUUUAUUGAAUAAAUAUCGCUAGAAAUGGA